CAUGUCAGAGAAAACAAAGAGCCAUGUAUAGGUUAUGUUGCUGUUUUUUGUUGUUAGUAUGUUGAAAAUGACCGAAUAAACAGGUCGAAAUAUCCAAAUGAAAGGUUUAAAAAACAUUAUUAAUUGAAUAUUCAACAUUCAAACAAAACAAGUUACACAUAUACAUCAAGUUAUUAAUGUCAUAUUUAAAAGAGUAUAAACCUGAUAUGAACGACUUUAUUAAAAAGAAAAAGAAAAAAGUUAGUGUAAUAUUAAUCUUGUCAAUAAAUAAAUGACAAAAAAGAUUUUUCUUUAAAAUUUCACGGACAUAAGUAGCAGUAUACUUACGCUUUCUCAUCUACUGUCAUUUAUAAUCCUUAUCAAUAAUAACAAAAUAAUAGUCCUAACAAAGAGGAUAGUAAUGAAACACAUCAUAAUAUAAUUUUCGUUUAAUACUACUGCUGCCUAUUACUGACAUUACUGGAGUUUUAAAGGAUGCGAUACUGCAUUUUCAAUAUGUAAUCAGUUCGAUGAGUUUCACUUUUUAGCUCCAAUAGGGGAAGUUCUCUCUUCUAACAAAUUAUUAUUUUUUUCAACUUAUUUGUUUUUAGACACUGGAUUAUUUGAAAUUGUUCGUACGGCUUUUAAACGUAGUUUAACCCGUUUUUCAAUGAAACAUCCAUGGUUCGAUGGUAGCUCCGAUGUCAUGAGAUACACUCAAGCCACAUUGAAAAGUGGUUUACACGUUGGUGAAGGUUGUCGAUUGACACCGAGCUUAUGUUCGGGAGAUGAACAAUGUUGUUCAGGACGAUGUUUAUGUCGAAAAUGGUUACUGAUGGGUGAAGAACGAUGCCUUAGAAAAUGUUUUUAA